AUGUUUCGUGACCCGCUGCCGCGCCGCAGCGUGCAAUCCAUGUUCCGCCUCCCUGUCGUGGUGGCGGCCCUCUGCUGGCGCGCCGCAGGCGCGGUGCGAGGCGAGCAGUGGUCCGGCAGCUGGCAGCCGCGCUACGGCGGCGGCGGCCAGGACAGCCGCGGGUACGGCAGGGCUGACUGGCGCCAGAGUCACGACACGGACCGGCGCCUGGACAGGCUCGAGAGGCUCGAGCUGUUGCACUUGGAAGCUCGGGACGACCACAGGGGGGACGGAAAACAUAAGAAGGAUAAGAAGAAAAAGAAAGGCAAGAAACACACUCGAGACAGCUCCUCUUCCACGUCGAGCUCGUCGACGUCGUCGGGCCGGGACAAAAAGAAAAAGAAAAAGAAAGACAAGAGAAGGGACAGGAGCCGGGACCGUCGUAAAGACAAGAAAGGCAAGAGAGAGGACGCUGCCGGUCUGCCGGCCGGAGACAUGGCAGAGCUGCAGGAGUUUCGCAGGCAGGCCGAAGUGCUGCGGAUCCGGCAGGAGGUGCAGGACGCCAUCGCCUCCCAGGGCGUGCCGGGGUCCGGGGGCACAAGGGGCGCGCCGCGCACGCCUCCUCCGAGGGAGCGGCAGCCGGAGAAGUUCACACCCAAGACGGCGAAACUCGUGGUUGCUGAGGCGCGCGUGCUCUUGAACGGGGAGUGCCGGAGCUUGGUGGCGCCAGGAGCCGCGACCUGGGCGGAGGUGAAGCAGCAGCUCUCCGCACACCCGGUUGCAGACAUCAAGCCGCUGUACGCGCAGCUCCGGCCCGACGGACCGGUACCGCGCGCUAGGGAGCAGGUCGUGGAAGGGAUCAUGGAGACCUUGCUGGCGCGCGUCGCCGGGUGA